GAUUUAACAACUACUUCUUUUAGGAAAUCCACUUCUACAACCAAUCCAAGCCUAACAAAAAUGUUCAAAUUUUUCGUUGUCUCUGUUGCCAUUUGCGGUCUUGCCAUGGCUGCCGAUUAUCAGGCUGAGGUGCGCAGCUACGUUAAUGAAAUCAAGGGUGAUGGUAGCUACAAUUAUCAAUUCGAUACCACGAACGGCAUUGCCCAACAGGAAUCGGGCGUUGGUGGUCACUAUGCCACCGGCUCUUCGCAAUACUAUACACCCGAGGGAGAAUUGAUUCAAUUAACCUAUACUGCCGACGCUAAUGGCUUCCAACCUCAAGGUGCUCAUUUGCCUACUCCCCCACCAAUCCCAGAAGCCAUCCUCAAGUCAUUGGAAUACAUUCGCACCCAUCCCUACCAUGAGGAAGAACACCAAGAACAAUAUGGAGCAUCCGCCAAGCACCAACAACAACAAGGACCCUACCGUAAAUACUAA